AUGGAUUUAGUCGUGGUCCUGGUGCUCAGUCUCUCCUGUCUGCUUCUCCUCUCACUCUGGAGACAGAGCUCUGAGAAAGGGAAGCUCCCUCCUGGCCCCAUCCCUCUCCCAAUUAUUGGUAAUAUCUUCCAGAUAGAUGUGAAAGACAUCAAUCAAUCUUUUACCAAACUUUCAAAAGUCUAUGGCCCUGUGUUUACCCUGUACUUGGGCAGGAAGCCCACUGUGGUGUUGCAUGGGUAUGAAGCAGUGAAGGAAGCUCUGAUUGAUCAUGGGGAGGAGUUUGCUGGAAGAGGAAGCUUCCCAGUGGCUGAAAAAAUUAAUAAAGGGCUUGGAAUCAUUUUUAGCCAUGGAAACAGAUGGAAAGAAAUAAGGCGCUUCUCACUUAUGACUCUGCGGAAUUUGGGCAUGGGGAAAAGGAGCAUUGAGGAUCGUGUUCAAGAGGAAGCACAGUGCCUUGUGGAUGAACUGAGGAAAACCAAUGGCUCACCCUGUGAUCCCACCUUCAUCCUGAGCUGUGCUCCCUGCAAUGUCAUCUCCUCCAUUAUUUUCCAGAAUCGUUUUGAUUACAAAGAUAAACAUUUUCUUACCUUGAUGGAAAAAUUAAAUGAGAAUGACCAGAUUCUGAGCUCUGCCUGGGUACAGUUCUGCAAUACUUUCCCAGUAAUCAUUGAUUACUGUCCAGGAAGCCAUAAGAAACUAGCUAAAAAUUUUUAUCAUAUAAAAAGCUACCUUCUGGAGAAAAUAAAAGAACAUCAAGAAUCAUUGGAUAUUUCAAAUCCUCGGGACUUUAUUGAUUAUUACCUCAUUAAAGCGAAGCAGGAAAACCACAAUCAACACUUGGAAUUUACAUUUGAAAAUUUGUCAACCACUGUGACUGAUCUGUUUAGUGCUGGGACAGAGACAACAAGCACAACGCUGAAAUAUGCUCUCCUGCUCCUGCUGAAGCACCCCCAUGUCACAGCUAAAGUCCAGGAAGAGAUUGAUCGUGUAGUUGGCAGAAACCGCAGCCCCAGCAUGCAGGACAGGAGACACAUGCCCUACACAGAUGCCAUGAUUCAUGAGGUUCAGAGAUUCAUCGACAUCCUUCCUACCAACCUGCCUCACGCAGUGACCUGUGACAUUAAAUUCAGGAACUACCUCAUCCCCAAGGGAACAACGGUAAUCACGUCACUGUCAUCAGUGCUGUGUGAUAGCAAGGAAUUCCCCAACCCAGAGAUAUUUGAUCCUGGCCACUUUCUAGAUGGGAAUGGAAAUUUUAAGAAAAGUGACUACUUCAUGCCUUUCUCAGCAGGAAAACAGAUGUGUGUAGGAGAGGGCCUGGCCCGCAUGGAGCUGUUUCUAUUUCUGACCACCAUUUUACAGAACUUUAACCUGAAAUCUCUGGUUCACCCAAAGGACAUCAAUAUGACCCCAGUGAGCAAUGGAUUUGCCUCUUUGCCACCCCCUUACAAGCUCUGCUUCAUUCCUCUCUAA